GGUACUGAAAGAGUAGAGUCAAGAACUGAGUGAAAUGGAAGAGAAAGAUCAAUAUAAGAAUCAACAUGAUUUCUUAACUGGAGAAAACUCUUUUAGUUGCUCACAGACUGAAAAGACAGGAAGUAGUAGUUAUUUCAUCUGCCAACAGUGUGGAAAGUGUUUCCUUCAAAAACAUUUUUUUUAAAGGCACAUGAGAGUUCACACAGGAGAGAAGCCUUAUGCCUGCCAACAGUGUGGAAAGUUUUUCAGUCAAAAAGAAACCCUUAAAGCACACAUUAUAAUUCACAAUGGAGAAAAGCCUUACACACGUCCUCAGUGUGGAAAGAGUUUCACUCAACGUGGAAACCUUGGAGUCCACAUGAGAAUUCAUUCUGGAGAGCAACCCUACACGUGUCCUCAGUGCGGAAAGAGUUUCAAUUACAAACAACACUUUGAAGACCACAUAAGAACUCACACUGGAAAGAAGCCUUUCACAUGCCAACAAUGUGGAAAAAGUUACAACCGAAAAGGAAGCCUUAACAGGCACACGAGAACUCACACUGGAGAGAAGCCUUUCACAUGCCAACAAUGUGGAAAAAGUUUCAACCGAAAAGGAAGCCUUAACAGGCACAUGAGAACUCACACUGGAGAGAAGCCUUUCGCUUGCCAACAGUGUGGAAAGAGUUUCGCUCAAAAUAGAAACCUUAGGAUCCACAUGGGAAUUCACACUGGAGAGAAGCGUUUCGCCUGCCAACAGUGUGGAAAGAGUUUCGCUCAAAAUAGAAACCUUAGGAUCCACAUGGGAAUUCACACUGAAGAGAAGCGUUUCGCCUGCCAACAGUGUGGAAAGAGUUUUGACCAUCAAGGAAAACUGAGAGUCCACAUGAGGAUUCACACUGGAGAGAAGCCUUACAUCUG